AUGCCGUGGAUGCGCGCGGUCGCCCAGCGGGCGCCCGCCGGCAUCUACGACGAGCUGUGGGAGCUGGACGAGGGCAGGUGCUCCGUGAGCGGGCGCGUGCGGCUGCGGGGUCUCAAGGAGGGCGCCGCCGGCACGAAGGCGGCCUCGCUGGUCUCCUUGGAGUGGGAGGACCCUGCCGCCGCCGUGCUCACGGACGAGCAGGGCGAGGCCCCCGCCGACGGCGACGCGGCACCCCGGCCGCUGUUCUCGUACGUCGCGCCGCAGAUACUCGCCCAG